AUGACCACGCUCUCGCAGCUCCAUUCCCGGCUGCUGCUCCCACUUCUACUCCAAGUUCUCGUUGCAGCGUCGACCCUCUUGAUCCAGCCAGCCAUUGCUGAACAGCGUGAGCUGCCAAUCACACUUGCGGGUUGCCCCGACAAGUGCGGCAACGUCAGCAUCCCCUUCCCGUUCGGCAUGAAGCCCGGCUGCUUCCUCGACAAGAGCUUCGAGGUCACCUGCGACGACUCCUUCAACCCCCCUCGCGCAUUCCUUCCUUUCGGUACCGGAGGAUCAGCCGAGACGAUGAGCGUCUCCUACUACUCCGUCUCCCAGACCUCAGGUAAUUCUUCCAUCAUUGGCAAGGAAGACUCGGAUGUAUUUCCGGUGGAGCUCAUCGACAUUUCGAUCACCGAGAGCGAGGCACGGGCAUACGGCAAAGUAGCGUCCUUCUGCAACACCAAUGUCACCAAGGGGACCUCGAGGACUACGUUCAUGACGUUGGCGUUCGAUGUCGACGGGCUGACGGCCCCGUUGCUCGUGUCGCUGACGCGAAAUGUCCUUGUGGGCGUCGGCGUUGAAGUCCAGCCUCUGGUGUUCAAGUUCAACACCAUGGGCCCCAAGGACGACCCGCUCGCCUCCUGCCGUUCAAACCUCAUUGGGAACCUGCAGCAGGCGUCCAACGGGUCGUGCUCCGGGCGGGGCUGCUGUCAGGCCUCCUUGCCAGAAGCGAUCCCGCUAACCGGCGUUUCGGUAGUGGUGCCCACGAGGAUCAACUCAUUGUGGGAAACCAGUCCGUGCUCCUUCGCCAUGGUGGUGGAGAAUUCAUGGUACAACUUCUCUACCACGGACCUCUACGGCAAUAUCACUAACAAAUUCCCUAGGGGCGUGCCCUAUGUCAUCGAUUUCGCCAUCAGGAAUGCCGAAUGUCCGGCCAAGGGCACACAGCCAUCACUGGAUUACGCGUGCGUCAGCGGCAACAGCUCUUGUGCCGACGUGACCAACGGCUACGUCUGCAAGUGCUUGCAGCACUACGAGGGCAACCCUUACAUCCCUGAUGGAUGCCAAGACAUCGAUGAAUGCGAGCUCCUUCACUUGUAUCCUUGCUCAAGUGAUGGCAUAUGCAAGAACAGGCUUUUAGGCUAUGACUGUCCAUGCAAACCCGGAAUGAAAGGUGAUGGGAAAGCAGGAACCUGCCAAGACGUAUUCCCCCUAGUAGCAAAGAUGGUUGUGGGUGUAAUAGGUUGUUUCAUUGUCACUGCGGGUUUGUUAUUCUACAUUCUUCUUCGCCAAGAGAAAAAGAAAAUGGGGGAAUUUUAUGAAAAGAAUGGCGGCCCUAUAUUAGAGAAGGCAAAAACGAUAAAGCUUUUCAAAAAGGAAGACCUUAAAGAAAUUAUAAAGAGUAGCAAUUUAAUUGGAAAAGGUUGCUUUGGUGAAGUUUACAAGGGAGUUCUUGAUAAUAAAGUGGUUGCAGUGAAGAAACCGAUCAGUGGUAGUGUGCUAGAGAAUGAACAAUUUGCUAAUGAAGUCAUCAUCCAAUCUCAAAUCAUCCACAAGAACAUCGUUAGGCUCAUAGGUUGUUGCCUAGAAGUUGAGAUCCCGAUGCUUGUUUAUGAGUUUAUCACCAAAGGUAACCUCGAAGAUAUUUUGCACAGCAACAACAAGAUAGUGCCUCUCAGCUUGGAUGUGCGUGUGAGUAUUGCUGCACAAUCUGCAGAUGGCCUAGCUUAUAUGCACUCAAAAACAAAUAACAAAAUUCUACAUGGUGAUGUUAAGCCGGCAAAUAUACUCUUGGAUGACAACUUCAUGCCAAAGAUCUCAGACUUUGGUAUAUCAAGAUUGAUUGUAAGAGACAAACAACACACAGAUGCAAUCAUUGGUGACAAGAGUUAUAUGGAUCCAGUAUAUAAGGCAACAGGACUACUCACGGAAAGAAGUGAUGUCUACAGUUUUGGGGUCGUGAUUUUGGAAAUUAUAAGUAGGAAAAAGGCCACACAUUCUGACAAUGAUAGCUUGGUAAGGAAUUUCCUUAAUGCCCAUAAAGAAGAGAAGAUGGCAACUGAGUUGUUCGACAUGGAAUUUGUGGCAAAAAGUGAUCUGCAAAUUCUUGAUAGUAUGGCAAGAAUCGCUGUGGAAUGUCUUAAUGAUGAUGUGGAUAAAAGACCACCAAUGAUAGAGGUAGCAGAGCGCCUUCUGUUACUAAGCAGGUCUCGUAGCAGGCCAUAA